AUGGAUGCACCAGUGAAUGUGUUCUUGCGGUUCGGCCUCUCACACUCGGAGCGACUCAACCACCUCCUCGAACGUGUCGGCACCGCACAAGCGGCUUUUAGGAUAGUGGGGCCGAGGCAACAGGAGGGAGUUGCGCGGACGCCUGCUCAUCCACAUGACGGAGCCGACUGCGCUCGUGUUGGUGCGCCGUUUUCUGUGCAUUCAGGGAGCUGCUCGCACACGUGCAAGGGGGAGGCUCACGAUGAAUUAUGCGCCUCUCUGGCGAGACUCCCCCCCCUCCCCUCCCCUCCCCCGGCUUCCCACACAUGUUAUUGCCUUCAUCGAACCCGAUUCCGCUGCUUUUGCUUUCCCUCUCCUUCGCUGUUGCAACGGCGAACGCUUGGUGGUGGCGGCAUUGGUGUUGGGCGAGCGGCUGACGUGCAGCACCCAUUCAACGGACAAGAGCCUGCGCUCUCUGUCUACUUUACUCAUUGCCAUGCAGGUCUUCGCCGUACCUCUCCACGCUGCCUUAUCUCCUAUUGUGGCCGCGUCUCCUCACUGCGGUUUGCGUUCCCUUUAGGCGAUCAGGUUACUUUUUUUGUGCCCCUCUUCCACACGGACACUAGUAGCAUGGGCACGACGCACGAGUAUGAACCUCCGGUAGCGAUGAAGCCGCUGGAGGAGCUCACCGACGCGGACAGGCGCGAGAUGAGAGACUUGGGCAUCGGCGAAGGCAUGUUUAACUGCAUCCUCACCUCCUGCAUGAAGUUUGCCCUCUCCGGCGGCUGGAGUGUGCGGAAGCAUGACGCCAAGUACGACAUCGUAUGGGAGACGAAGCCCAGCCAGAACAGCAAUAAACAGGCGAUGCGGUUCACCGCCAAAGUGCCGAACUGCAACACAGGCUCUCUGGAGGCCAUCCUCGUGGCCGACGAAUACCUUGAAGACGACCCGAACGUCAGCUACAUGUACAAGUACGAUAGACUGCUGCAGCAGAACCAUGCCGAGAAGCGCAUCGCCGGUAAUGUCACGGUACAGAGCACGCACUACGGAGCGCCGGUGAUGUUCGUGGCGCCGCGGCACAUAAUUUCCUACGUCACACUCGGCGCUCUUCUCACGCCGGCGCAGCAGAAAGAGCUCUGGAUUCGGCCCACUGGGCUCCGCGACCAGCUGGCCGACGCAGAGCGCAAGGACGACCUCAUGGCGUUCACCCAGUGCUGCAUCGACUACACUGGGGACGCCGUAGAGCUAAGGAAGGGCAGCGAGCGCGGCCACGUAUACAGCUACUCGUUGCUGGGACAGGAGGAGCCGGACGGCUCCAUGACGGUGACGAUGACGUUGGAUAUAGACCCUGCUGGUAAAUUGCCGGCGAAGGUGGUGGACAUGAGCAGCGACGAGCAGCACAAGAAGAUGCAGCGGAUCGUUGAGCUGCUGAAGGCAAAAGGUCCACAGCCGCACCUGUGCAGCGUCUACCAAAACACACGCGACUUCCCCUUUCGCAACCCCUCCAAAGGAGAGGGGGAGGGGAAGCGAAGCUGA